CGUGAAGAGCAUUAACCAGCAGCGGCUGUUUCCAUAAUUUAAUGCCUUUAGCUAGCUCUACCUCGUCCCGCCCCUCCUUCCAGACCGGCCAAUCCCCAAUGGCUGUGUCCUUGACCACGCCCCCCGGAUGUGCGUCACCCGCGGCCGUUACGCAGAGUCGGCGGCGCUCGGGCGCGCGAGUUUUCAAAUCGGGCCUUGGGAAGGAGCAGCAUCGGACUCGAUGGGACACGCUGAUCUGGAUAAGAAAACUGAUACUUAUAAAGAUAUGAAGUGACCUUCCCAACUACUAAGUGGUGGUAAAGCCAGAACCUAAUAAUUUCAAGUCCAGUGCUUUUUGUAUUAUUCAUGGUGAUUUGGACCAAGGACAAAUGAUUACAGUCACAAUGAGCAGCACAGGACUUGAGACUGCUGGUCAUCCCAACAGCAUUUCAUCACCUGAAAAUGUGUUCCUGACCCCUACAUCCAAACAGCCAACUUUGAAUAUUUCUGGUACCCCUAUCCUUGAAGAUUUCCCUCAAAAUGAUGAUGAAUGGGAGAGAAGGCAAAGACGGCGCUCCAGAGUUGUUGAUCUACAGCUCAGUAGCACAGAUUCACCACGUUCAGUGGCAUCCCCUUCUAUUAGGAAACCUGAUACUCCAUCAUUACUGGUCCCAAAAUUUACAAAUACACAGAUUGCAGAUCAUUAUUCCACCUGCAUCAAGUUGUCAACUGAAAAUAAAAUCACCACCAAGAAUGCUUUUGGUUUGCACUUAAUUGAUUUUAUGACUGAAAUUCUCCAAGAAAAAGACUCUGAACUGACCAACUUUAAGGUAGCUGCUGGUACCUUGGAUGCCAGCACCAAGAUCUAUGCUGUUCGAGUAGAUGCUGUCCAUGCAGAUGUGUACAGAGUGCUUGGUGGACUAGGUAAAAAUGCUCCUUCUGCAGAGGGAGCAGACAGUCAGGAGGCAGAUGGAAGCACUGCUGCACCAGGUACCAUCAAAAAAGUCCAGAAACCUAAAAAGAAGCACCAGGGUAAAACUAUUGAACAGAAUCUAAACAACAUCAAUGUCUCAGAGGCAGAUCGAAAAUAUGAGAUUGAUCCCAUGUUUCAGAAGACAGCUGCGUCAUUUGAUGAAUGUAGCACUGCUGGGGUAUUUCUCUCUAGUCUUCACUGUUCUGACUACAGGAGUGAGCUCCUCUUUCAUUCUGAUGUCCGGCCCCUCUCCACUGCAGAGCCUCUGAAGUUCCCAGCUUUGGGAUCGGUGGAAGUAGCAGAUUUUAAAACUGCCCUGCUGCAGUGUGUGGAGGAGCGCCACAUUUGCCCUUCGCUGGCUGAGUUCCAGUUUUCUAAGUGGGACAGUGAUGCUGUUACUGAGUCUUUGUCAGUUCUGGUGGACAAGUUUAAGAAGAGUGAUCAGGUAUUUGAUGUUAAUUCCGAGAUUGAAGAUAGUGAUAGUGAGGAGUGUGCUGGUAUUCCUGUGGAAGAUGACUUUGAUGCAGACAUGCAUGAUCAAACAGCAGGAGGGGAUCAUGAGUUCAGAAGUUGCCAGAAGUCUUCUGAAUUCAAAAAUUCCAGGCAAGAGGUGAUUUCCCUUGGAGACGGAGACAUUGGUACCAUGUGCCUCCACUUAUCCAUGAAGCCUGGAGAAUAUUCCUAUUUCAGUCCCAGAACCAUGUCUAUGUGGGCUGGUCCUGACCACUGGAGCUUCAAACCCCAUCGCAAACAAGACCCUACUUCUCAACAAGAGAAGAAAAAGAAGACUACAAAGAAAGUAUUUGAAAUCAACUUUGAGGAAGAGAUUGACUUUAAUACACAUUUCCGAAAAACUAGGGCUGCUACCACACUGGCCAAGUCAACUCUGGACAACCAGAGUAAAAGAGCCACCACCCUUCCUGCUGAUUUUCACUAUGAACUAGAGAACAUUGUCCAGCUGAACCUGAAACCAGGAAACAAGUUAAGGAAGAAAGCUCCACAAAGUGCUUCAUCAGAACAGGACGAUGAGAUUGAAGAGUAUGAUUACAACAACCCUAAUGAUACCUCUGAAUUUUGCCCUGCAGUGCCGGCUGCUGACAGUGAUGAUGAUGAUGGCCCUGAUGGAUUAUUUGUAGGACCAAAUGGGACCCAAUUUGAUUUUACAAUUAAUCCCAACACCGGAUUUGGAAAUUCACAGGAUAAUGAAAAUGAUGCUGAUGUAAAUGGAUUGGAUAAUCCUAUAUAUGAGGAGUUAAAAUUAGUAGCUGAACCACAGAAGGUGAAUAAAAUUGAAAUUCAUUAUGCCAAGACUGCCAAAAAGAUGGACAUGAAGAGAUUAAAGCAGAGCAUGUGGAAUCUGCUGACUGAUGGCCAAGAGAAAGAAGCAGUUACUACAGAGAAUGAAAUUGAGCCAAAAGGGAACGUGGAUGUGGUACCAGAUGAGAAGAUUUUCAGUGAUCUUACAAAGGAUCUUCUAAAGAACUUACCCCCUCUGAUGGCUCAGAACCUUUCUGUACCUCUGGCAUUUGCCUGUCUCUUACAUUUAGCUAAUGAAAAGAAUUUGACACUGAAAGUAGUGGAAGACCUUUCCGAUGUUCUUGUUAUGCAAGGGAAUUGAUCCUUCAUUGCAGUGAGAUCAUAAGGAGGCCUUCGUCCUGCUAUGCUAAAAGGAACCAAAAGUCACUCUCUUUGCUGGUGGCAGGAUGUUAUGGAUUACAUCCCUUGAUGAAUUCUCAUUAAAUGCUGGAGAUGCAAAUUUGGAUGAACUCUAAUUCAGGUGCAAUGUUUCUUUGCUAUGACAAUUAGCACCUUGGAGCAUCUUGUGGAUAGUGAAAAUUAUCUGCCUUGUAUUUUUUUUUUUUUUUCAUCACCCUCUUAAGAGAAGAGAAGUCAGGGAAGGAUAGUGCCAUUUUAGAUUAUACAACCUCAUGGCUCUUCUGACUGGUCAUUUUAAGGCUGAUCACUUGUUAUUUUACCUACUGUGUGAUUCCCACACAAAUUGCAGUUGGAAAAAUUUUUCAUUGGUUUUUACUUGAUACUUUUGUACAUAUGAAGUUUUAAAAAAUUUUAGGAACUCUCUAAAUAUGUAUGUAUAAAUAAUGUUUAUGAAAUAAAAUUGAUAAUCAGAAUCCUUUGCCUGUUGAUAAUCAUUACCUGUAUUUAAUUUUAUAGCUGAAGGAAGAAAAUGUAUGGAUAGAAAUUAUAUGUUUAGUGAUUGUAUGUAUGUAUAUGUUCAGAGUACCAUUAUGGGCACCUGGCUCAUAGUAGGUGUUUAAUAAAAUGCUUUGGGCCU